AUGCUAAAAGCAACACAUAAUUUGCUUGUUCCUAAUUGGAAAGAAGACGUAGUUUACUUGAUUAUAUUUCCAAGAACUCAUUCAAUUCCUUCCUCAUCCCCUGCAUCAUUAAAAUUAGAAACAUGGCUUAGAAUGAAUAAUAUUAAAUAUCAGGCAAAUAAAUUUAUUUUUUAUUUAUAUAUUGUGAAUGUGAGUAACCAAUUUAAACAUGCUUCUGUGAAGGGCCAAGUCCCGUUUAUCGAAUUAAAUGGCCGUCAACAUGCUGACAGCAAUUUUAUCAUUGAACAUUUACGUUCACACUUUAAGUUGCCUAUCGACGGAAAUCUUAAUAGUUCUGAACGUGCUAAUCUACGAGCUUUUAGUUUGCUUAUUGAAGAAUCCUUCUUUAGGUGCCUCCAGUAUGAUUUUAGCAUUAACGCCUCAUGGAUUGGAACAGAUUCAGGCUAUUUACCUUAUUUUACUGGCGCCAAAAAAUUUAUCGCAAAAAAUUUAAUACCCAAAAAAUUUCAAUAUACGACAAAGAAAACGCUUAAUGCGCAAGGCUAUGGGCGACAUUCAGCUAAUGAAAUUGAGGAUAUCGCCAAAAAAGAUUUGAUGGCCCUAUCAACAUUUCUUGGGGAAAAGCCCUACUUUUUUGGAAACCAACCUUCAACGGUGUGUUGA